AUGGUCGCCGACAUCCCUGGGAUCCGAGGGGGGGGAGUGAGACGAGCGGUGGUGAAGAGGAAGGAGGACGAGAAGGAGCUGCUGCUGCAGCUCAUCACCUUCAAGGAGCUCGCCUUGGGUCAGGAGGAGGAGGAGGUCAAGAAGUCGGUCCUGGAGCAGGUCGAGUUGCUCAGGGGGCUCAAACAUCGUCACAUCCUAGGAGUCGUCGACGCGUUCCCCGCGGCAGAGCUGGACGGCAGGCUCGGCAGCUUCGAGGGGGGGGACCUGACGGAGCUCAGCGGGGGCCCGUCGGACCUGUGCAUGCUGACGGAGCACAAGAGGAGGACGAUGCUGGAGCUGAUCGAGGAGCAGCGGGGGUGCGGCGGCAAGCUCGAGGAGGAGAGGAUCUGGAAGUGGGUCAUCCAGCUGUGCUCGGCGCUGGGGCAGCUUCACGCCAUCGGCCUCGUGCUCGGCAGCCUUCACCCCCGGCAGGUCUACAUCGACGAGCACGACGACGUGCGGGUCUUCCCCGUCGGCAGCCUCACCCUGGCGCUGCAGAGGAGGGAGGAGCGGGAGGGGCUGGGGGCCGGGACCCCCUCCCCCGAGACGUUCCUCAACGUCUCCCCCGAGCGCCUCCGGGCUCGGCUGCAGAGCUUCACCCCCAAGUGCGACAUGUGGGCGCUGGGCUGCUCGGCCUACUGGCUAGUGACGCUCUCCCAUCCCUUCGUGAGCUUCGGCAAGGACAUUCUCCGAGGCAUUCAGAACGAGCCUCCCCGCAAGAUCCGCCGGUCCGAGCACAACUACAGCUGGUGCCUCCGCUCCCUCCCCCAGUGGCUCCUCCAGAAGGACCCCAGCUACCGCCCAACUGCCAUGGAGCUCUACACUCACUUCCUCUUCAACUGGCCGCAGAACUCCUACCUCUUUACGGAGGAAGGAAACUUUCUGUCCAUCGACUCGUCGGCCGUCAGCCACUGGAGUGCGGAGGCUCUGGACGAGUGCGGCGAGUCAGUCGAGUGGAACACGGAGCAAGCGAUCGAGAAGGCUGUGGAUGGGACUGAGACUCAGUGGGAGGACUUGAUGGCCUUGUACGCACAACCUGACCUACAGGAGAACUGA